GGGGCGCUCAGACGCCGCGCGGAGACGGGAUUGGUCGCGCCGCUCCUCGGGCUUCGCGGCCGCGGUCCCGGGACACCUGUUCGCUCCGCCCGCGCCGCGACGCCGGGCUCCCCGGCCGCGCUCGCCGUCGCCUCCCGAGCGGCAGGGCGACGACCAGAAGGGCCGGCCCGGCCCGUGCCCGGGCCCUCGACGAGCCUCCGCCGCGCGCCGCUGAGCCGCCUUCCGGCACGAUGAGCGCGGACGCGGCGGCCGGGGAGCCCCUGCCCCGGCUCUGCUGCCUGGAGAAGGGUCCCAGCGGCUACGGCUUCCACCUGCACGGGGAGAAGGGCAAGCUGGGCCAGUUCAUCCGGCUGGUGGAGCCCGGCUCGCCGGCCGAGAAGGCGGGGCUGCUGGCCGGAGACCGGCUGGUGGAGGUGAACGACGAGAACGUGGAGAAUGAGACGCACCAGCAGGUGGUGGGCCGCAUCCGCAACGCGCCGGGCGCCGUGCGCCUGCUGGUGGUCGACCCCGACGCGGACGCGCACUUCCAGAUGCUCGGGGUGCAGGUCAGCGGGGAGCUGCUGCGCGCCCGCGACGCGCCCGACGCGCGCGGGGAGGACGAGGCGCCGCGGGCCGCGCCGGAGCCGCGCGCCGCCGAGAAGAGCGUCCCCGAGCGGCCCGCGCUGCGGCCCCGGCUCUGCGUCAUGAAGAAGGGCCCCAACGGCUACGGCUUCAACCUGCACAGCGACAAGUCCAAGCCGGGCCAGUUCAUCCGCGCGGUGGACGCCAGCUCGCCCGCCGAGGCUGCGGGGCUGCGGGCCCAGGACCGCAUUGUGGAGGUGAACGGGGUCUGCAUGGAGGGCAAACAGCACGGGGACGUGGUGGCGGCCAUCAAGGCCGGCGGGGACCAGACGAAGCUGCUGGUGGUGGACCAGGAGACCGAUGAGUUCUUCAAGAAGUGCAGAGUGACCCCCUCUCAGGAGCACCUGGACGGUGCCCUGCCUGAGCCCUGCACGAACGGGGAGAUCCAGAAGGAGAACAUUCCGGUAGCCGUGGCAGAGCCAGCCUCUGAGAGCCCCGAGCCAGCCUUGGCCAGGUCCAUCCCCAGUGAAACCAGCAAGGAGCUGAAUUCCCAGGACAGCCCCAAGAAGCAGGACUCCAAGGCCACCUCGUCUACCUCCUCCUUGGACCCCAUGCUGGACUUUAGCAUCUCGCUGGCCGUGGCCAAGGAGCGGGCACAUCAGAAGCGCGGCUGCAAGCGGGCCCCGCAGAUGGACUGGAGCAAGAAAAACGAACUCUUCAGCAACCUCUGAGCGCCCCGCCCACCGCCCUCCCCCCACGGCCCCUCCAAUCACACACCAAUCAGCACCAGCAUCUCCUCUCUUGGCCAAUCUGAUUUUCUUUCCCCUUCUCGGGAAUCUCUUCUCCCUCCUCCCCCGCCCACCCCGCCCACCCCGUCCACCCCGACCUCCGAGAAACUGUGUCCGUGUCUGUCCGUCCUGCCUGUGCAGGCGCUGUCCUCUCCCUACCUCCCCAUCACUGGCACCCCUGGCCGCCCUGCCAGGAACAGUUGACACCUGCACCAGGGAUCACGGGACCCCCUGGACAGGUCACCCGCCCUCCUGACCCCCCCCCCCCCCCGGGGACGAGGGUCUGGGCGGAUCAAGGAUGCCAGUGACUGGCCACGCCUCGGAGUGGACCUGACUGUGCUUCCGUGAUGAUUUUUGGGAGCGCAGUUUGGAUCUUUUUCCUGAUUCACAUGUGAUUCCCUCGGCGGCCUCCGCCCGUGCAGCUCUCUCCACAGGGCCCCGCCCCUCCCCGACACACGCAGCGGGGCACCCGCUGUAAAGAAACUGUCCAGAACUGCUGGUUUC